GUGAUACUGAUUCAUCUUAUUGGGCAAUCGCUGGCGACCCAAAUCUUCCUAACACUCAAGCAUUUCAAGCAAUUGUUACCGAUAAACAAUUUUAUGAUAAAAACAUUUUCAAAUUCGCACCUUUUGAUUUCUUUUGUUUUGAUGAGAAAUUUAAACCUAAAUUAA